AUGGACUCGCUGCAGGCUGAGAAGGAAGCGGUGCGGCAGAUGGAGGCCGGGAUCACGUCGAUGGCGCACCAGCUGUCCCUUGUCCUUGACGACCGCGAGGUGCUGCUGGAGCACCUGGCGCGCCUCAUGCAGCCCUGCGACCUCGACGCCCUCGUCAGGGACAUGCACAUCGUCAGCGACGACAGCCCCGCGGGGGGCGGCCGCCCUGCGGGGGCCGACGCGGGGGCGUUCGGAUCGCCCGCGGCGGAGGGCGGCGCGGCGCCGUGGGAGCUCGGCGGGGGCGGGUUUGCGUGA